AAGAGAAAAAAGUGGCAGAUGUUGUGCGGUGGGAAACAGACGGAGGUGCAAAACCGCAUUGAGGGGCAAGAGAAAACACACCAAUUGGCCAUUGUGCUGCAGAACGGCAACCAGAGCUCCGCGUACGUCGAUGGUAGGCGUGUGUUGGAGAAUGUGCAAUGCCAAUUGGAAGGUAAGGAAAAUAAAAACAUCUCCCACUUCUACUUUGGAGGGGAUGGAAGCAACACGGGGAGCCAAGAAGGCUUUUCCGUGACUGUGUCGAACGUCCUGCUGUACAACCGCCCGUUGACAUCCGAGGAGAUUGCAGGGCUUGCCAAAAAUACAAUUACUAUUCCGAAGCGGGAAGAAACGAAGACAUCGACGACACCUCCUCUUUCACCAGCGGCAAGUGCACCAGAUUUGGAAGGAACCUUGCCUCGACCUAAUUCUGCCGGGCAACGGCCGUUGGAAGAGAAAACGUUGGGGGCGAAUACUGGUGCUGGCGGUGGCGGUGUAUCCAGUGCAGUUUCCAUUGCUACGACUCCCUCGUCUGAUGUUGCUCAAACGGUGGCAACAAUGGGUGGAGAAACGGUUCAGGGAGAUGGACCACUCCAAACUCCUGAGGUGAGCGUCGGCUCUGGCGAGGAUAGGGAGACGGCGGAAGGAACGGAUGCGCAGGGAGAGGAGGGAAUCCAUCCACAGAACGGGGAAGUAAAGUCUGCGGCACUCAGCAGCAGUCUCGGAAAUUUGUCGCAGGGGAAUAACAGCGAUGCGUGUACUGUGCGUGGGAGCAGGGCGCUGCCGCUGCUCCUUCUGUUGGGACUGUGGGGGUUUGCCGCUCUGUGA